UUUACUAAUCGGAGGGCAGCAGACGUCAUACAGUGACGCAAGCGGUAAAGUCACAACAAUGGACCAAAAAAUAAAGAAGUUUGAAUAUUGACAAGUGCUUCCACGCCUCACGAAGGGUCGAACACCGUUUGGCCUCAAGAUAAACACCUGCAUGUUACUACAUACACUGCCGUCACCGAAAACACACCAUGAUUCGCAUUGCAGCGUUGAAUGCUGCUUCGGCAACUGCCGACGAGUCUCUAGACCCAUUGCGUUCUAACAAAACGCAAACAAAGGAAGCUCAGGAAGCUGAGGCAUUUGCUUUGUACCACAAAGCAUUGGAUCUGCAAAAACAUGACAAGUUUGAGGAGUCUGCCAAGGCGUAUCAUGAACUCCUUAAAACUCCUUUACUCAAAGAGGCCAUGCCCUCCGAUGACCAGAGAGUGGGUCUUAAGCAUCCUGGCUUAAUGCUUAAAUAUUCUACAUUUAAAAACCUGGCCACAAUGUCUGCUUCACGUGAAGAUCUGGAAACAGCAAUGGAGUUUUACUUGGAGGCAGUGAUGUUAGAUUCCACCGACGUCAACAUGUGGUACAAGAUUGGCCAAGUAGCCAUGCGACUUGUGCGCAUUCCAUUGGCCCGACAUGCUUUUGAGGAGGGUUUACAUUGUAACCCUGACCACUGGCCCUGCCUGGACAACCUCAUAACUAUUCUUUACACACUCUGUGACUAUACAUAUUGUUUGCACUUCAUCAGCAAGGCCUUGGAAAAGGACUAUUGUUACACCAAAGGACUGGUGUUGAAGGAGAAGAUUUUUGAGGAACAGCCAUGUCUCAAGAGGGACACCAUGAAGAUGUUUAUGAAAUGCAAUGUGUCCAUUCACUAUGUGGAAGUGGAGGAGGAUGAACGCAAGUCGAUUGUGGAAGAGGCUCUCGAUUUAAGAAGACGGCGACAGGCACUCUCCCGAUGCGAACCCAAACCUGAUCUCAGCCUCAUACAGCCUAUUCAAAGUCUUUCGUGGAAGCAUGUGGGAGAGAGUCUGAUUGCUAUGUAUACACAUCAGACUACAUGCGAGCCGCCACUGAGUCUUGGGCGAAGGAUCGACUUGUCAGACUACCGUGACAUCAACUUUCCCCAAAACCUUCCUCAGCCAAGUAGUCCAGCGAGUAAUGUCCACACAACUGCACUGAGCAGCAGCCCAAGUUCGUCCCUGCCACCCACAACUAUUCCAGAGGCUGUCAUUUUAACCCAAACUAGUACGCAACCUCCCAUUACUAUCUCUGAGAUAACCGCAGUGCCCACACCACCACUUGCCACCUCAGCUGAUCUCUCCUUACAAGACAAAACCAAGAAGGCCCCAAAAAAGAAGCGCACGGUCGAAGAGAACGUUGAGACAGCAAAGCGGCGCUCGGCAAGAGUUCGAAACACAAAAUGCAAGAAAGAAGAGAAGAUUGAUUUUCAGGAACUUCUCUUCAAGUAUUUACCCUCAAGACUGAGAAAGUUUGAUCCUGAUGAAGAUGAUGAAAGUCUGAGUAAUCUUGAACCACUGUGUGAUGGAAAGGAGAAUGUAGAGUCACCAAAUGGGAGUUGCAUGCCAGACUCUGUGGAAUCCAUGGAAGCGGAACAACAAGAGGUCCACAAUUUCAUUCUCAGUAACCUGAAUAACGGUGGGAUUUUGGACCUGAUGAUGCGCUAUCUUAAAUCAGUGGGCCAAAGGUUUUUGAAAGACUGGCCUCGUGGACUGACAGCAGUGGUUCUGGAGGUGUAUCAGACUUGGCGGAAGCACAGCACUGGUCUUCCCAACCCUUUGUUCCGAGAGAGUAGCACUCAACACAUCAGGGAAAUUUUGGAAAUGAGCCUAGCCUGUAUGGAGCUACAGUUGGACCAGUGGCUCAGCAAAAAAGGGAAGAAUGUAUCGUCACGCAGAAACAGCCAUGGCCCUGAAGGUGACCAGUCUGAAUCUGACUGUCAGGGGCAGCAUUUUCAGGGUGAUUUGCUGCUGCUUGCAUUAGGUUCAUCCCAAAAUGAUCUGUUUGGAGAUGGAUGGUUGAAUUUCUCCAUCAGAACUUACUGGCUUAAAGCUCGGUUUUUGGCCCUGCAGGGUGAUAUGGAGUUGGCCCAGGAUAGCUAUGACGUUUGCACUGGGCUGUUGCAGAGCAAACCAAAAGACAGCGAAGGGAAACCGUACACACUGAGAAUGCCUAACCUGCGUCUAGAUUCAGCAAUUUCAGCUGAGGAGAUAGAGAAACGGCUGAAGUCUCUGGAGCGUUGCCAGACUUUGGAAGAGAUACAGCGUCUGUUUGAGUCAGCAGACUUUGAGUCUGUUGUGCGAUUGUUGCAGCCCACAUUUAAUUAUGGCAGCAGAAGUAAAUCACUGGAGUUUGUGAGCUCUGCACCAGAGCGUCCUGCUCAGCUAAUGUUGCUGCAGAACUCCCUGCUCAAACUGGAGGACUACCAUCAGUGUCUGGAAUCAAGUGAACUGGCUCUCAAUGAAGCGCUGCAGCAGCUCAACUCUGGUCUCACCAGCUCCUUCCCUGUAAAAGAGGAGUGGGUCAGCACCAUACGAAAGUUGCUUGACGGUAUUGAAGUCUGCUUCAGCAAGGAUGCAGAACUUCUUAAGAAUGUGCCCCAUGUGUCCACUCUGGCGCGCCUGGCUAAUAACCUUAUUCAGCUGAUCGACCUCAGUAUGUCGAUUUCUGAUGAUCCCAAAGAGCCGUAUUUCUUCUCUGUGCUGCCCUGGCUUAUACUGUAUCGUAUCAUCAAGCACGAGGAGGCUGGACUCGGCUGCAUGCUUCAGCAGCAAAUGUCAGUCGGGGAUGAUGAUGAUGACUCUGACUCGCCAAUGUUGCCGUACUCUCUGAAGCUCCUGAACACCGCCCAUGAAUAUCUAGGCCGUAGGUCCAUGUGCGUCCAUUCAAAUGGAGCUUUUCUCAAGUUCUUUGUCAAAGUUUUGGAAACGGAACUGGCUGAAGCAGCUAACAAUGACGCUCAUCCCUACAAAGAAGACCUGGACAUGGCCUUGGAGCAGUGCUUUUUCUGCCUUUACGCUUAUCCUAGUAAAAAGAGCAAGGCUCGCUUCCUCGAGGACCACUCGUCGCCUCAGGUUGAGUUGCUGUGGAGCGACGCCCUUUUUAUGUUCCAUCACUUCAAACCAAAGACACUGCCUGAGUUUGACAGUUACAAAACCAGCACAGUGUCUGCCGACUUGGCCAAUCUACUCAGGCGAUUUACAAGCAUGGCUCCCACGAGUGAUUUCCCCUCCCUCACCAUGGAAGAAGUAGCAGACUACAUUGAGGGUUUGACGGAGAAGGUGCCGAGCCUUCCUGAGGGUUCUCCUCCAGCACCCCCUAUCAUUAACGAAGUCUACUACUUGUUGGCAGACUACCAUUUUAAGAACAAAGAGCAGUCCAAAGCCAUCAAGUUUUACAUGCAUGACAUCUGUGUGUGUCCCAACAGGUUUGAUUCCUGGGCUGGAAUGGCUUUAGCCAGAGCGAGUCGGAUCCAGGAGAAGCUGAACUCCAAUGAGCUGAAAAGUGACGUUCCUAUUUGGAAACACUCGCAAGCUGUGCUUAAUUGCUUCAAAAGGGCACUGGAGAUAGACAGCUCUAACCUGUCUCUCUGGAUCGAGUAUGGAACCAUAUCAUAUGCCCUGCACUCGUUUGCUUCACGGCAACUCAAACAGUGGAGUAACGAGCUUCCGCCGGAGGUGGUUAAACAGAUGGAAGAAAGGAGAGACUCCAUGUUGGAAACAGCAUUCCAGUGUUUUCAGGGGGCAUCACGUUGUGAAGGCGACAGUGAUGAAGAAGAGUGGCUCAUUCAUUAUAUGUUGGGCAAGAUUGCCGAGAAACGGAGACACUCUCCAAUGGAAUAUUUGCAGCUUUACAAAAAGGCAGCCAAUUAUCUGCAUGAGGAAGCUGCUAGGUAUCCACGGAAAAUCCACUACCACAACCCUCCUGACCUGGCAAUGGAAGCCUUAGAGUUGCAUUUCCGUUUGAGUGCAACUGUUUUGAAGCUACUUGAAGCGCAUGAGGCAGAUCUGAAACACGAGGAGUUGUUCAGUUUGCUGGUGGAGGCCGCCACAGGACCAUUUGCAAGAGGGGAGGAAAAGAGCAUGCCGAGCAUGCCCAGGUCUAGUGAAAAAGAAAAAUCCACCUUGGUGAUGGAUGAAGACUUUAAUAGCUGCUCUAUUGGCAUAAGCAACGUUCACGGCGCGUCUCUCCCGUCAGUGGCCACUCCAGGUCUGACAUCUCCUCCUUAUGUGGCCACGCCGUUUGACCACGAUUACGCCAAACGCAAAACACUUCGACGGCAGCAGUGGCAGCAGCGGCAUGAGGAACAGCAGGCCGAUGCCUCCCCAGUGUUUGACCAUGAUUACUGCUUGUCCAGGUCUGCAAUGAGGCUGGCUUCCCUAAAUGACCAAAGUCAGGACAGCGAGGUGGUGAUGCUGUCCGACUCCAACUCGACUCAAGAUGCCUUUACUGACCCCACAAGUUCACAAGACAGUAUCCUCAAACCAACUUCUGUAAAGUGUAGCUCAUCAUCAGAGAGCACAACUCCUGUGAAGGAAGGCCAAAUUCUGUCUGAGGAAACAAGCAUUAUAGUAUUAUGUGGUGGAGAACAGACUGAAGUCCCGAUAGAAGAGAAGAUUAUCCAGGAAGUUGUGGAUAACAUUGUGUUGAUACCUCCGGAGACUCCCAAACUAUCAGCAGAAACCGUUCCAGUGUCCAUUUCCACCACACCAAUAAAGACAUGUCCUUCUCAACAAGCUGCUCCUCAAACCCCAGUUAGUGAAAGCAAGAAGAAGCAAGAGCCCCCAGUCGAGUUGAUGGAGGUUCCCAAGGCCUUGCCUCCCGAGGAGGCGGACCAGAGGAGAAUGCUGGUGGAGCUGUGUGUCCGUGGGCUUUUCCUCUGCCUCAGUCGUUUCCCUCAGCACUACAAGAGUCUGUACCGCCUGGCUUUUUUCUACUCCAGCAGCAAAACGCACCAGAACCUACAGUGGGCACGAGAUGUGUUGCUAGGAAGUGGUGUCCCAUGGCAACAGCUGAAGCACAUGCCAGCACAAGGACUUUUCUGUGAGAGAAACAAGACCAACCUGUUCAAUGGCAUCUGGCGUAUUCCAGUGGAUGAAAUCGAUCGCCCGGGAAGUUUUGCCUCUCAUAUGAACAGAUCCAUUGUCCUCUUGCUUGAUGUCCUGUCGCAGCUAAAGGAUCAAGAUACUCUCCUCAAAGUCUCUUUUAUGCUGCAGAGAACCCCAGACCAGGGAAAGAAGUAUUUACGUGAUGUUGAUCGUCAGGUUUUGGCCAAAAGAGCAUUUUUUUUAGCUGUUAAAGUCCUGGAGGACAAUCUGAAUAGUCUCACAGGGGUAUCUGAGCUGCUUUCCAAAACGCCUGUCACCUCCAUGGGGGAGAUGACUACAACAGACACUUCAAAGAGACCGAGUUCAGAGGACAGCAAGCAUGUACCGGCCAAAAAGCCCGGGCUCACAGAAGGAGUUGGUGCUGCCGACCACAGACCCAGUGAUUCCCCUCAAACCCAAACACCACUAUCGACUGAUAAAGCAGCUAAAGUUCUGGAGAUUUCCCCUGGGAAGGUGGAUGUCAUAAGGAGUGAGGGACACAGAAUAAUAACAGAUGAACCGAUGGACCUGGAUUCAGGACUCUGGAGGAAGUCGAUGCCAAUAUUAGAUUCUCAGGGUAAUGAAACACGGACCGAGACCUCUGUAAGUUCUAAGGAGCAGCAGAGAGCUACAGACAGCAGUCGGACACCAGAGCUCUCUCUGGAGGAGCUCAGCAUUAGUUCCCGGCAGCAGCAGCUUCAAGCAUCAGCAGCCAAGGUCACUAUGUCAUCCGGCAGCACAGAUCAAGGUUUACAACGACGGCCCAACAGGAAAAGGAAGCUCAUCGAGGAUGUGGAGUCAGGAAAAACCCUCCUGCUUGAUGCCUACCGAGUGUGGCAGCAAGGACAGAAAGUGAUGACGUACGACCUGGGGCGCAUCGAAAAGAUCAUGUCAGAGACUUACAUGCUCAUAAAACAGGUUGAUGAGGAUGUCGCUCUGGACCAAGCUUUAAAGUUCUGCCAGAUUCAGUCGGCUUCAUCCCAGCGACAGUCUGCCGGCGACACUCCAACAACGCCCAAAUACAGCAAGGACCACCGAGACGGCUUCUUCCCAACACCUAUCCUGGUCGGCCACCCGCUGCCUGCCCAGGAUGCUCAAACCAAAGUGGUGUACGAGCCCCUGAGCAAGGUGCCGAGACCUCAAGCAUCGAGCUUCCACGAACAGCCACAGCACAAGAGGGCGCCGAGCUUCCCUGCCGCCAUGCCCUUCAUGCCACACUCAGUGUCCACGCCGGAGCAGUCGGAGGGGCUCCUGUACCGACAGCAGGAGUCGCACCUGUGUCAGCAGAUGAAACUGGCUUCUGUGUCUCAAGGUCAGGAGUCGACGGCGGCCCCCUGGUUCGUGGAGGAAGCCGCCACAUGUAGCACCGCGCCCUCCUGUCCAGACCAGCAGUCGCUCAGCGAGCAGUCAAAGCUUUCUGAUCCAAACCGAAUCCGCUCCCGCGUCCCUCCAACCAUGCCAAAGCUCUUCAUCCCCUCGGCCGCCACCAAGUUCCCGCCCGAGAUCACCGUCACGCCCCCCACCCCCACCCUGCUCUCUCCCAAAGGCAGCAUCUCUGAGGAAACCAAGCAGCGACUGAAGAAGGUCAUCCUGUCGUCUCAGUCUGCAGCCACGGUGAAGAAGGACACGCUGAGCCAGCCGUCCCUGGAGGUGCAGGAGACGUCCAGCCAGGAGUCGUCUCUGGAGAGCGAGUCGGACGAGGAGGAGGACGACGACAUGGACGUGUGACGCUCUUCAUCUCUACAUCUGUUUUGAACAGGAGGGUGACUGAACCAGAGAGGUGUCUCUCAGGCCGCAGGGCUGACACCAACACUGAUCCUCAAGUAAGUUCACCAGUCGCAAGACGAAGACGCUGCUUGGGGUGAGGAGAACACCAGUCCCACGGAUGUGCCGGGACAGUCAUUGAUGAAAGAAGGUGCUUCAGAUUGAAACUCACUCCUGUUCAGACUUUUGCUGUGACUCAGAGGAAACCAAAUCUAAUGAAUAGAUGUAGAUGUGUUUAGAGCUGAAAUGUUCCACUCAUUUAGUCUCAUGGGCGUUUUGGUGAUGACAAACGAUACGAACGUUCCGAUUCACCACCAUCCGCUCAUGUUUGUUUGUCUUGCAUCAGUCUGCAUCACUGAUCCUCAAGUAAGUUCACCAGUCGCAAGACGAAGAGACACACACACACACACCAGCCACCUGUAUAGGAAGACACAGAGCAGGAUGUACUUCCUGAGGAGACUGCGGUCCUUCAACAUCUGCAGUAAACUGCUGCAGAUGUUCUACCAGUCUGUGGUUUCCAGCGUCCUUUUCUACACCGUGGUGUGCUGGGGGGGCAGCAUAUCCAAGAAGGACACUUCCAGACUGGACAAACUGAUCAGGCGGGCCGGCUCUGUGGUCGGCAUGAAGCUGGACUCUCUGGUGACCGUGGCAGAGUUGAGGACUCUGGACAAACUGCUGGAUAUUAUGGACAACACCAGCCACCCUCUGCACACCGUCCUCAGCAACCAGAGGAGCUUGUUCAGUGAAAGGCUGCUGCUCCCCAAGUGUCGGACCAACAGACUUAAGAACUCCUUUGUACACCACGCCAUCGUACUCUACAACUCCUCACUUGGGGGGAGGAAGUAGUAGGGUACACCACGCUUUACCACAUAGAAAUGGACACCUGCUCUUACAAUGUGCAAUACCCAUCUCAAUGUGCAAUAACCAUCCCUACGGUGCAAUAACCCUUUUUAACCUAGUUUAAUUUUUAACUUUUUUAUUUUUUAUUUUAUUUUAUUUUAUUUUAUUUUAUUUUAUUUUUUUAUUAUAUAUAUAUACUUUUUUUAAUCUUAUUUUAUUUUCAAUUGUAUUUUUACUUCCAGGUUAUUAGUAUUAUUAUUUUUAUUUCAUUUGUAUUUUCUUUCUUAUUCUCUGUGUGAUGCUCUUCCUAACUGCAUGCCCUUUCUUGCCUCUAUUGUUACUG